AGAUUCAGAUUCUUCUUCCUCUGUAGUCUUCAGUCUUGUAAAGGAGAAGGAGAACAUCCACCUUUAAGCUUGCUUUUAUUUUGUUGAGAUAAUAGUAAUAGGAAAUCAGAAUAUGGAUUUAUUGUGAGAUUGUAGCGUUGAGGUGAUUCAGUUAAUGUGUGUCCAAUGUCUCAGUCUAUGUCUGGUGUGUUUCUUUCCAUAUCCACAGUAUGGGUGUGGUCAGACAUUGGCAGGGGAAACCAGAAAGUCUGUCGUCCAUUUGUCGAACUGCUCUAAUAUAAAUUGCCAAACUUCUUAAAAUGAAAAGUGAAUCUUUAGAAAUAUUUCUGAAAGUGCCCAGUAGGGCCCUUUUCAAUUAGAAACCCACCACAAUAACAUGUAAACAACAUGACAUGGGGUAAACCUUUAAACGAUAACAUCGUUUGCUAUACAGUUUUUAAAAACAAGGCCAGAGAAGAUGGAAGGCAUCACUAGCUAGUCUGAUUAAAGUCAAAUGUGGGUAAGGAGAGCUGCUUAGACAACAGCGGAAAGUACGAAGAGUCUCUUGCAAUAACCGGGCAAGACAUAUUUUCGCGAUUUCUACAACCUGCUACUUUUUACCUUCUCGAUACUUUAACCUGGACUGGAGAUAUGUUAUGAUAAAUAGAAUACCUAUGCUACACCAUCAACAAAAAGUAGUGGGAACAAAUGACAAGUUCUUUGAUGGAUGACUUGCAUGUCUUGAACAUACAAAUAAUUGUUUUAAAGAAUUUUUUUAAACUGAUGUCAGCAAAGAACAGAAAAAGAUGUCCUGUUGUGAGCCUGUCAAGUAAACAUACAUUUUCAUACUGUGUACAUGUACUUGGUACAUUUUGUUUUCAUGGACGGUAUUAAUAUUUUAGGUAGAAUGAUCAAAGUCGGAGAGAAUUCAUCUGGGUGGGAAUAGGAUCUGAUGUGGGGAGGGUUUUUUGCGCUCUGUGGUGACAGCUGCCGAAAGACACAUUUAGACACUUAAAUAGAUGUUGAGCCUUUAAGUCUACGUAUAAAUUUUAUUUGUGAAACUCUACGUGCACUUUUGGAGUGGUGUUACGUUAAGGGAAUCAGGUGAUUGUUCGUUACGGUAAAGAGGUAGGUGCCAUUGUCGCUGCACCCACUUUGCCAUAAAGCAUUACUAGGAAUGCCAUCUUCAGCCUGGCAGGACUUUGGCGGUCAGUGUGUACUGGGCACUAAGCUGGUCAGCUGCCAUGUGGUAUUCAGCAGAGCUUUGCGACGCAGUGCUUUCUGUCUCCUGUAACUCCUCUUGCCUCCUCUUCGUCGGGUUCUCGAUAUUCCCAGAGGCGCUCCAGAAGUGACCUGGUGCGCAGUGGCUAUUGAAGCUCGUUCCAUUUUUGAGGAUGACCCCUCAGCAUGUAUCUGCGCUACAGCCUCUUCUCAAUGCGUGCCAGCAGGGCUCUGACCUUUCCGUUACAAAGAGUAGAAUCACAUUUAAAAAUCCUUUAAGCCUUCAGACAUUGUUCAGUAUCGCAUUCUAAUAAUGUCAAACUUUGUAUGCCAUGUCUUGUGUUUGAGAACAUGUUUGGGCUUUCAGAGUGACAUUUGGUUUGCCUUGUGCUACAUAAUGAAGUCUAGCCUCUCUCUCUGUCUCUGUCUGUCUCCGGCGUGCAAAGGAGAGGUCUGCGGCCGGGAGGGGGAUGACAUGCAUGUUUCCAGGCUGUUAACAACGUUGAGGACUGUAAGACUAACCGCCUGCAAGCUGUCAAGCCAUGAUGGACAUACUGUACACAGGUCCUGUCCCGGCAGAGCGCGAGCCUCCCAUGGUGCGGAGCGGGACGUCCUCCGGCAGGACCCAGCGGGCGGCCACGCAGCGCCCGAACACCUGCUGCUUCUGCUGGUGCUGCUGCUGUAGCUGCUCAUGUCUUACUGUUAGGAAUGAAGAUGAGAAUGGCAGGACGAAGCCCCAGGAGACCAAGCUGGAGACCAUACCAAACUGUGAAGCUUGCACCAAACCCACGGUAGAGGAGAUGCGGCUCUGGGCUCAGUCUUUUGACAAGCUGAUGAAAAACCCAGCCGGGAGGAACGUCUUCAGGGAAUUCUUAAGGACUGAAUACAGUGAGGAGAACAUGUUGUUCUGGCUAGCCUGUGAGGACCUCAAAACGGAGAUCAACAAGACAGCCGUCGAGGAGAAGGCACGGAUGAUAUACGAGGACUACAUCUCAAUACUCUCACCCAAAGAGGUGAGUCUGGACUCCAGGGUGAGAGAGGUCAUCAACAAAAAGAUGCAGGAACCGACAUCUCACACCUUCGAGGACGCCCAGCUUCAGAUCUACACCCUCAUGCACAGAGACUCCUACCCCAGGUUCCUCAAUUCGCCCGUAUACAAAUCCCUGAUACAGGGGGCGUCUCGCUCGUCCUCUGAGUCAUAGGCCCACACCCCCUUCCAUUGCACAACCACUAAGGAGGAAUCCUUCUGGGGAUUUUUACUCUUGCGAUUAUUGUUACAUUUUUGUUAUCCCCACACUUUGCGAAGUGUCCUGUGGUCGACGGGGUUACUGAAUCUGCACAGACUUUAACUGGAAGACGCGGGGUCGUUCUCGGAAGACACCUUUAUUCUGUCAUUCCACUGCAGUUACAGCUACUACAACACCUACUACUGAUUUAUACGUUUGUUUUUCUUUUUCUUUUUUUGUCUGUUGUUUCCUUUCGGUGUGCGCACGUGUGUGUGUUAAUUUCCACCCCAAAAUCUGCAAUAAGGCACUGGAGACUAAUCUGAAGUGGUACGGAGCACAGCCACGUGGGCUCUGUCGCUCUGCUUUUUUCGUGUGUAACCUGACCUUUCCACUGUCUUUCUGCUGUGAACGGCCGCCUGAGACGUGGGUUCGGCCACGGCGGGGCCUGGGGCGGGCGGGGCGUCGCGCUCCCGGCUGUAGGAACGCAAUGCUAACGAAUAGAGAAUGCUAAUUAAUUAACACACCUUGGGGACCCGAGUACCUAAAUUUCAAUAUAGGUCCUAAGGAACCUAUGGGAAACAAUACGGCUAUGAUCAUGGCUUUUUUUUUAGUAGAAUGUUAUAGAAAUCUAUGUCAAAGUUUUAUUAAUGUUAUUUAUUUUAAUUUUAUUAAUGAUGUCUAAGUAGGAUUCUCUUACAGAAACAGGUAUUUUAGGGCAGCGAACUGAAGAGCCAAACACGUAGCGAUGAGCCCAUGGGUCACAAAACGGAUCAGGUUCCACCUUUUCUAUCUCUCAAACGGUACUAAUGCCAGCGGUACUCGGCUGCGUGUCAGACACACGGCAGCUUGUAGGGAGGUCUUUAUUCCUGCCUGCGCCACCUCCUUCAGCAAGCGCAUACAUUGCUGGAAAUAACUGUUUAUCAAUGCAAAAGUGAUUAGGCGGAGUUCAUUGCUAUUGAUCCUAUGGAACCACUUACGGUGUUUUAAGCUGCUCGCUGCAGAGUUGUUUGCUAUCACUUUGGUUAUUGUUAUUGUCACUGUUAUUUCGUCUACGAAGGCUGAGGUUCGCCGAUGUUUGUCUCGAGGUACUGAGUACUGGGUACUGGCUGGGAGAAGCUGGAACGACCUUGACGGUGCGGAAGAAGCUCCCUGCUAUUGCAAGCUCUUUCACUUUUUAACGCAUUUGUAAUGAUGAGAAUGAUUAUAAUAGUAAUGGAGGUGGUGGCAGAUGGUGCACCGGCAGGUGUCUGAGAAACUCCUGCAUGGCCGCUUUGGACCACGUUGUACAACUGUUUUACCUUCCACUUGGCUCGGCAUUAUUUUUUAAUUUUUUUUUUUUGUUUCUUUCAUUCAAAAAAAACACCUUAGGCCUUCGUUUGCUAUAGUGCACAGUUGAGACGUGGGUGCGAAUGUUCUCUUAUUCACUUUCUCUACGUCCGCCCAUUACCGAGCACCCUGGUCUGUCCUACCUGCCUGGUUUAGUUGAGUUCACUCAAGUUAUGACUAGCAGACUAGUCUAGCUUUGCAUGCUCUAAUUUACACUUCCUCCGGUCGGAUCCGCAGCCCUCCCCACUGAGGUUGAGUCCAGCUGACCUGUUUCACCACGGUGUCGGUACAGUGCCUGUCAUGGCUUCCUGAAGCAGGAAGGGCCUUAUCACCCAUUCAAUAAUCAUCGAUUACCUCCACACAGAAAUGGUCAGGGUGUGCGUAUCAGUUUAUCACAGAGCUGACACUGCGAAACAAGCCUUGCUGAAUUACCAAAAAGUCUCAACAUGGUUUAAGGUUUCUGCUUAUUUUCUCAGCUUUAAUGUUUUUGGGUUUGUUGGUUUUUUUUUUUUUUUUUUGCACACUGAGCACAGUGCAAUUCUGUAUUGACCUAGGAUCUGCGCUGUUUGACAAGUCAUUUUUCCCCGAGCCGUUCUGACUGACUACUGUAGUUCUCAAGGAGGACAAGAAUGGUUAAGUGUUCCCUGUAAAUACACACAUUUUUUGUCUUUCACAUAUACAGUAGGUCUGUUAUGCAUUGAGGGGAAAAAAAAAACCCCCUACAUAUCAGUACGUGUACAGUAGUGAACUGCAGCCCAAAUGAAUUGGUUUUUACUGACAAAUUUUUAGUCGCUCAAAAGCAAAGGUGCAUAUGUUAUUUUGUGGACAUCUGCAUUAUGUCUUCUCCCACUUUGUUCCAACGAAAGUUAUUAGCAUAACAUGCAUGAUGAAGUGGUUCCUGA